AUGCGUCGUCUUACACGCAUUCUAAUGUCCUUCGCAUAUUGCUAUUCUCAAUUGUUGGGUGUCAUAUCGUUUGGGUACAACAUCGAUACAGGCUAUGCCAUUAAAAAGACCUACAUCACUGUAUAUACCAUCGUAAUUAAUGUGGUAACAGUGUCUAUGGUUCCUUACCUGCUGAUGGCCAUGAAAAUCAAGCCUCACCCCACUGGUCAAGCGGCUUUACAUCAGAAGUUGUACAUAUUCAUGAUAAUGCUACGCCUUGCUGCAGUUCUGCUGACCGUAGCCACCAAUUUUUUGCGUCGCAAUGAUUUCAUACGAAACAUCAAUGACUUGCAACGAUUUCGUGAAAAUUUCACCAAGAAGCAUUGCCUGCGUGCAAAGCAUGACAAUUUCUUCUCACAACAUUUAUAUGCGAAAUUUUUCUCUUCUCUGUUUUGUGAAAUAAUGAUGUUCCUGACUACGUUGCAGAUUUUUCGAGUAUCCUUCGAUGUGACAAAUGCUUGGGUCUUGAUAACUCUAUCUCUACUGGGCACAAUACUGAAUACUUUAACCUGUCACUACUUCUUCUUAGCUCUUCACCUUCAUCUCUUGUUUAACAAUAUCGCCGAUGACCUGGAGGAGAUUCUUAUUGCGACGGGUAAGCUAUUUGAAAUGCAACAUGCCCAACGUAUUUGUCCGGGUGCCUUGAUGACACAAUGCUGCCAGCUAUCCGAUCAGGUGGAUGAUUUGGCCCGGGCCCACAGGCUGCUGUGUACUGCUUUUGUUGUACAUGAACAAUGUCUGCAUGAUUUACAUGACCUACAUGAUGGGCCAUCAUGA